UGUAACGGAAAUCACUCUGGAUAAAAAAAAAACAAAUUUGAAAAUUGAUGUUAUAGAAUGUUGUAAUUAUGUUUAUCAUACAUUUAUUGGAGUUGUUCUUAUUUUCAGCGGUACAUGCAGAUACUAAUACGAGGAUCAGCAAAAAACAGAUGAACUGGUUUGAAAGCUUUAAUUUCUGUAAUAUGAGUACCGACAAAAAUAUUAAAGGAUUCAACGCAGGGAAUGCCUGGAUGGGUGGUUAUUUUUUACAUAUACCAUGGAUGAUUCAUAGAGGCUGUUUAUUAGUUAACGGAUCAUGGGAUGCAUCUGCUCGUUAUUCUUUCAAAAGAAACAUAACGUCAACAUGUUCCUACGAAUGCAGAACAAGCAAUUUUUUUGCACUAAAGGCAAAUUGGUGUGUUUGUCUACACUCGUUAACUAACUUGUUAGAGACAGAUAUUGGCGAUUGCAAGAUUAUAUGUACUGGUUCCGAGAUAGAUCCAUGUGGUGACGCAUCGUUUUUUACAGUUUAUGAACAUAAAGAUAUCAAAUCCCUACGUACUACAACACCUCAUAAUUUUAAUGUUGGACUAUGUUCUUCAAAGAUAAGUAAUACUACUGAUAUUAAAAAUGUGAACCAAGAAGAGAAUAGGCCAUCAUCCUUCAGACGACAUAAAAUUAAAUGGAUAACGAAUAAAACGCUCAAUGAUAUUUGUUAUGAGAUGAGUAACGCUUUGGAUGUCAAAUGUUUAUUAGUAAAUGGAAGUAUGCACUAUGUCCCUAUGGAUUGUAACAGUAGAUAUCCAGCUCUAUGCGAGACAGAAAUUGAAAAUGAUAAUUCCCUGCUCGAAACUUCUGUUAAGUUUAAAGUUAUUUACGUUGUUGCCACAUUGAUAGUCAUUGGACUAGUGGUAAUUGUGAUCCUGAUAAUAAGAAAACGGAACCGUAUCAAACAUUAUUCUCAUAACACUAGAUGCGAUGGUACGAAUAGGACUGCUGAAGGAGAAGAGCUCGUCCAAAUGACAAGUAGCAACCACAGAUCUAACUUCCGAUCAUAUGAUGUACCAUUGGUUUUUCAGCAAACCCAUUGUUUUGAAAAUUAUCCAGUCACCGAGUAUGAGAAUUUUGCUUUACAUGAUGAAGUUCAACAAAGGUCAACAGAAGUACACGAUACACACUACCCUGCUAGUAAUAAUAAUGAUAAUAAUGGUGGGAAAAAUUCGAAUAAAGAAGGAACUGCAGUGAGUACAGAAAUUGAAGAAAAGGAACAACUUGCAUACCGCAUUUCUAAAAUAGUUGCUGAUGAAGUCAUGUAUGACUUACCUCAAGAUCCUUUUUGAUAAUCUAUCUUCGAUGUCCAGUUUAAUAACGAUAUAAGUGUUGACUCUAUGAGCUGUCUGUCGUUUGAGGAUGAGUUAUUGUUCUUGUGUUGGUAUUUUCAGAGGAGUUCCUAUUGGAGAUUAUAUAAC